UGUGUGUGCUUGUUCUCCUGCACAGAGCUGCUGACUGUCUCUGCAUCCUCAGCACCGAGGACCAAACUACCCAUGGUGCAGCGUUUCAACCUGCUAACAGUGAUUCUCUGCUGCAGCUUUGAAUGACACUCUGACAGCUGACAGACUCAACGGAGAAAACGUGGAGUUACAGAGUGAGGACGCGACUUUUUGAAGGGGAAUUAUGAGAAAAGUGGAGCUGUGAAAUUGCAUCCGAUUGACAGCUGAUAAGAGAGGAGGAGAUGGAGAAUAAGGCCAUGUAUCUGAGCACAUAUGAGGAGAGAGAGAACGGCUCGAUGUAUGAAGACCCCUACGAGGGACGCAACCUGUCCAAACUCAACCUGUGUGAUGAAGGCUCUGCUAAGCGGCGCAGGAAGCAGGAUCAGUGCUGCAGUCAUCUCAACUCCCUCUCAGCUAUCAAGUAUGCCAUCGUCUCCCUCUACAUCCUGGUUCUUCUCACCAUCUUUGGACUCUGCCUGGCAGUCUCUCGAUCCCAGGUGUCUUCACAGCGCCAGGAGGUGCUGAUGGAGAACGUGACCCGGAUGUCGGAGCGCUCUCGGCAGCCACAGCAGAAUCCGGGCGAGGCUUCCACUCAGGCCGACCUGCUGGAGAACAUCUGGAAACUGGAGAACCUUUUCCAGAACCACAGUGACUGGCUGCAGAGGCUGGAGAUUCUCAUCAAGGGCCUGGAGGUAGAGCUGAGGACCAUCCAGGCUCACUCCCUUCAGUCAGAGGGUUAUCUGGUGCAGCUGGACGACAGGUUGUCCUCUCUGAGCAGCUCCGCCAGUAGGAACCUGACGGGCUUGAACUCAGAGGUGUCCAGAGCCUCCACCUGGCUCCGCGACCAGGAGGUCCUGCUUAGGGAAACCUCGGGACAGGUGAGCAGGUUGAGAGAGAAACUGGACGAGGUUAACUGGACGGUGGGAGCUGUCAAUCACACCUUCACCAGUGACAUCAGUAUUCAUCAUGUGAAGAUACAUGACCUACAGAUCCAGAUCAGCAACAUCACAGAGGACACCAGCAGUUUGUGGGUUACCCACGUCCACACAGAGGCCCAGCUGAGGAACGAGAUGGAGAUCCUGAACACAAUCACAGAGGACCUCCGCCUGAAGGACUGGGAGCACUCCAUGGCUCUGAAGAACCUCACCAUAUUCGAAGGUCCUCCAGGGCCAAAAGGAGAGAAGGGAGAUACUGGACCAAUAGGGCCUUCAGGGCCUCCAGGGUUUUCAGGACUAAGAGGGAUUACAGGAGAAAAAGGCAACCAGGGGCCUCAGGGGAUGAAAGGAGACAAAGGCAUUCAGGGAGAAAAAGGAGACAUUGGGCCUGUUGGUCCAAGAGGUGACAGAGGAGACAGAGGGCUGAAGGGGCAGAAAGGGGAUCGAGGAGACAGAGGAGAGAAAACAGUGGAGGAGACUUUGGUGCGGCUGGUGAAUGGGUCAGGCCCUCAUGAAGGUCGCGUGGAGGUUUUCCAUGAACGCCGCUGGGGGACGGUUUGUGACGACGUUUGGGACAUGAAGGAUGGAGACGUGGUGUGUAGGAUGCUGGGAUUCCGAGGAGCCGUUGAGGUGCAUAAGACGGGACGCUUCGGACAAGGUACCGGUCUGAUCUGGAUGGAUGACGUGGCAUGCACAGGAACUGAAGACACCAUCCACAAGUGUAAGUUUCCAGGAUGGGGUAAAACAAACUGCGGCCAUGUGGAGGACGCUGGCGUGACCUGUGCUGUUUGAUUCUUUGAUCUAUCUGGCUCUGAUGCAGCUGUGAACUGUCUCCCUUAACAGUGCCUUUAUAAACUCUCAUGAAGCCACAAGGUGCAAAAAAAAACCCACCACUGCUGGAGUUUACUAAAACAGAUAUUUGCUUUUUUUCCUGCUAAAGAAAGUGCCUUCUUCCUGGACAAACCACCAUGGUGUGUAUGAAGGAAGUUUUUUUCCGUAAUUUCCUGAUCGAACACAUUAUUUUUGCUGCAAGACUGAAUCACGGAGUUGAGAAAGUGCACAUAUUUUCAGACUUUGUCCUCCCCUAACAUAAGAGCUGUUAUGUGGAGAUGAUGGAUGACAGGACUGUGCAUCAGGACAGCGUCUUCAGGCUGAAGAGUGAAGAUCAAAGAUCAGCUUUAACAGGCUCAUCCAGGGUCAGGUUUGUUGUUUUAACCCUGGACAUAAGAAGGGAAUUAAUCCAAUGAAUUUAUCAUUCCAGAGUCAGCUGUUGACAAGAUGCUGCAGAGCUGAAACGGCACAUAAAAACUGUCAAUGGCAGCUGCUCUUCACAGUAUUAACUAGAAAUGGCUUUUAAGUGAUGCUACAUAUACACAGUUCUGCUUUAUUUUAUAUCAUAUCGCAUUAGUCAGUCAUUCAGUGAUUUGCAGGUCAAAAGCAGUAAGCAGAUGCAACAGGGAAAGAUUUGUGUUAAGAUUCACUUUAUUACAAAUUGAUCUGCAAUUUGUUUCAACUUUAAAGCAUCUUUGCAAGGUUUUGUGUUACCCACAAAACCUUAUGUUGCGCAUCUCUGACCCCAUAUAUACCAUGCAUUAACAUGGAUAAACAUCUAUUUUGGGCAUUCAGAUACCAAGUGGUAAACAUUGAUGCUGUGUGUUUAUUAAGGCAUACUGAAAACAACAGCUCAGACGGCAUACAGAUGUGGUCUGAGAUGCCUUCAUUUGGGUUGGUUUGAUAGAGAAGAUGCUGCGAUUACUCCCCUGUCAGUUGAAGUAAUCUGUGGUCAUUCACCAGCUAACAAAAAGUAUGGCUUUGUUUAUGUCCAUCCAGUCUGGCUCUGAAUAAAAGGAAAUCCGUUUCUUUUUAGAGAUUUGGAUCAUUUGGUUCUUCUCAGCAUAAGACUUGGCUUUUUGGCCCGAAUACAGCAAUCCAUUUGGUACUAUUUUGGUUUUUGUUAUGUCUAUUAAAUAACAAAAAAAGGAAAAAAACUCUUCAACUACUUGUCCCACAUGCCAGUGGUAGAUGGCAUGAAGUUGACUGUAUGUUUGCCAAUGUGUUGACUCAACUGCAGCCUUUUCUAUGACCAUAAUCUGUCACUCUGCAGCCUAAUAACAAAAUAAAAUGCACCAUAAUUUUUACAGCUCUUUCUUAUGCUCCCAAUCUGACAGUGAACUGUAAAGACAGACACUGAAGUGGCUGUGCAGCACAGCUAUUUCACUGAAAACAAUACAACUGGAGCAACUAAACCUACAUUUAACUAUAAUGUCGCUUUUGUCCUUUUCAUCAGUAAAUUAACAUUAUUGUGGAUAUUUCCGCAGUGUAAUGUUGUUGUCUCUACCAUCUCACUAGCUUAACCGUUAACUACACAUGUGCAAUGACAGUGGUUUACCCUCCUAUUACGCACAUCUGAGUGCCAACAGAAGAGAAACAGAAACUGUGUACAGGCUUUUGGGGCUUACAAAAAGUAAAAGUAAAUAAUGUUUUGGGUGUUUUUUUUCAGUUGAAGUAAAACUGUAGUAACAUCAUUUGACAGAUCACACUCAACAUUGGUGUUAUUUCUAUUGAGCAACUACAAAAUAUCAAAUAAUCUUUACUAAAAGUUUAUCAAUAGUAUAUGGCCUGUGGAUAAAUUGCUCACAUUCAUAGCUUCACUGCACAUCAUUUGCAUGGAUACCUUCAUCAGUGAAAUGAUGCAUGAGCUAUUAUUUGCAUGUGGCCAGUUAUAAGUCAUCGCAGACCGUCAGUGAAGACAUGCUGCUAACAUGCAGAAAAUGCACGAAUGCAGAAGUUUAUACUUAAGUGCAGUAAAUGUUAUAUCCGAAUGCCCAAAACAGAUGUUGAAAAAAGGUGUAAACUACCCCUUUAAGGUUUAUCUGAAAUGCUGGGUACACUUCCUUUAACAUAAAAUAUUUGUAAAGAAUUGCUUAGAAUGCUUUAUUUUAUUCACAUCCAUGUUUUCCAGCUAGCAGUGUUUUUUCAAGCACAGACCCAUCAAACCAGCAAGAUCAUUUUAAACCAACCAGGAGCAGGAAACAAAUGUACACAUGCACCAGCGUGCAAAAGAGCUCCACCUGGUGUAAUAUUUCUCCAUACUGUUAACAGUGGCCAUAAACUUACCCUGGUGGCAUUUUAAUGAUUCUUUUUUAGAUCUCUUGUCAUCAAGUAACACAGAGGCUCUUAGCAGCCCAGCACUUACAUGUUAUCUACUCUGUUUUCUUGUGAUACAGAGUAUCUUCAGGUUGUUUUCUUGAGAUCUCAACAUUUUCUGUCCUUUUUUUUUGACAAUCUUAAAAGAAAUACAAUAUUGUUAUGGACCAGAUCAUGGCAUGCCAUUCUGCAUGCAAAUGAUCUUGCUGUCGCAGGAAAAUAAAUUGCACAGAUGAAUGUCCACUCAGGGCUUCUGUACAUUAAUAAUUUUAUACACACAAAAGUAUGAAUACAGAUAUUUGGCCUUUUGUAGUCAUUAAAGGGUCAUAGUUUUGUUUUCAGUCUUGUCUUCUAACUUUUAAAUGAAAUUUUAUUCAACCUGAUCUCCACCUACAACAGGAAGCUGAGAGGUGUGCAUAAAAAGCUGGCAACAAGUGAAUGAAGAAUAUUUGGCUGUCUGUCUGGGUAGUUUGAUGGGACCAAAACAACAAAAACAUGAGAGGAGAUGUUCAGUGCCUUUUUCUGUCACAAAAAGAUUAUAAGAUGCUUAAAUAUAUCCAUGUUUCAGUUUGUUUCAGUUUGUUUUUAAGUUCUUCCUCCUUGGAUUUGGAAAAAGAAAAAAAAAGAAUUCAUAUGCUUUUUGCAUUUUUACCUCAACAUCUGGGUCCAUUUUAACCUGCAAAUCACCAAAUAUGUGCCUUAUUUUUCUGAAGUGAAAAAAUGAAGGAUAACAUGCAACUAACAAAGGUUUGAAAUGGGUUAUUAUCAUUUACUGAAGUUGACAGAUGAAGCAAUCAUGAAAGAGAACAGAUGAGUAUAAACAGAUGAAUGCAUUGACGCCUGCACUGCCCUCUACGAUUUACAGCGGCAAGUCUGUCGAUGUUUUCUGCCAAAACUUCAGUUGUUCUAGCAUUAAUGUGGGCGUGUACGCACACACAAUCAUACAUAAAUCCAACCAUAACAAACUCAAGUUUUAUGCCUCUCUGUAGGGUUUGGUCUUUACGGCCGACUUCAGAUCCAAAAAAGAUGGUAUCUCCCAUGAUUUCUUUUCAGACAUGGAGCUGCAGGUUGUAGUGAGAUGUUUGCAUCAACCUGUCUCUUCACUUGGUCAUGUUUUAUAUUUGAAAAGGGAAAACUCUUUUAGUGCACCUUAAAAUCUGUCAGACAUACAACCCUCACAUUUUCCCCCCGGGGAGCUGUAGGUGAUUUCCCACUGUUUUUAUAUUCUGUAGUGAAAUCCGUCUGUGUAAGCAGAUCAUGAACAGUCAGGCCUGCUUUCUUUACAUGAAUCUCAUCUGCACACAUGAUGUCCAUUUAAAUGGCUAUGCAAGGCAGGGAAAUAAAUGUUGGAUAUGAAUUUGACUUUAUAAGCCAUUACAGCCACAAAUUUCCCUCUCUACCUCGUGCUCAAGUGCCUCAGUGUUUGCCUGUGGUUUCUGUUUGAAACCACGGCAUCACCACAAACAAACAAAUAUUCAUGGAGGGAAAGGGAAAUAAAGAAAAGGGAAAAUGAGGUGAGAAACCAGACUUAAGAGGCGGAUGUGUCUCAGUAGAUGCUUUGGCAACACUAAAGAAUAAAGUAGUUCCCAAAAACUUAGGUGAAAUCAUGGACAUUUUACAACAAUUGGCAGGUUUCUCUGUGUGAGAGAGUGAAGCAUAUGUAGAAUUUGCUUGACUGUGUUCUUGCUAAUAACCAGCAGGGGCCGCCUCCUUCAUUGAAACUUGUAGUAGAAAUACGCCAUGUGACUGACUUGGUUCCAGCCUUUCUGUGACUACCAGUGGGAAAUAAUUUGCAACUCCUCUCAAGCUCAAUCAGGUUUGAUGGGGGCGUUCAGUGGAUAGACAUUUUCAAGUCUCUCCAGAGAUGUUUCAUAGGGCUAAUGUCAGAGCUCUUGCUGGGCCACUCUAUGAAAUUAACAGAGUUGUCCCUAAGCCACUCCUGUGUUGUCCUGGCUGUCUGCUUAGGGUCACUGUCAUGCUGGAAGGUUAACCUUCGGCCCAGUCUUAGGUCCUGAGCACUGCAGAGCAGGUUUUCAUCGAGGAUAUUUCUGUACUUUGCUCCAUUCAGCUUUCCCUCAACCCCAACCAGUCUCUCAGUCCCAUGCGUCACUGUUGGGAUGGCAUUGGGCAGGGGGUGAGUGAUGCCUGGUUUCCUCCAGACAUAACAUAUGGGACAGGGGACAAACAGUUAAAUCUUGGUUUCAUCAGACCAGAGACUCUUGCUUCUAACAGACUGAGAGUCCUCCAGGUGCUUUUCUGCUAACUCCAAACAGGCUUUCAUGUAUUUCAAGAGAGGCUUCUGUCUAGCCACUCUAAAAAUAAAGCCCAGAUCAGUGUAGGGCUGCAGUGAUGGUUGUCCUUGUGGAACUUUGUCUCAUCUCUACAACAGGAUCUCUGGAGCUCACUAAGACCCUUCUCCCCUGAUCACUUAGUGUGACUGGGCGACCAGCUCUCAGAAGACUCCUGGUUUUACCAGGCUCCUUCUACUUGAGAAUUAUGGAGGCCACUGUGCUCUUGGAAACCUUCAGCACAGCAGAACUUUUUUGCAGCCUUCCCCAGAUCUGUGUCUUGCAACAUUCCCAUCUCUGAGCUCAGCAGGAAGUUCCUUUGACCUCAUGGCUUGUUUUUUUGCUCUGAUAUGCAUUGUCAGCUGUGAGGCCUUCUAUAGCAAGGUUGUAGCAUGUCCAGUCAUUUUAAUUUACCACAGAUGGACUCCAAUCAAGGUGCAGGAACAUCUCAGCAAAGAUCCAGAGAAAUGGGAGGCACUUGAGCGUUGCAAGCAUUGUUGCAAUAAGUCUAAAUACUUAUGUCAAUGCGAUGUUUUAGUUUUGUAUUUUAAAGACAUUUUCAAAAAUUUCAUGAGUGUAGAUUAAUGAGAGGGAAAAAUUAAGUAAAACAAAUGUAGCAUCAGGCUGCAACAUAAAAAUUGUGUUACUUAAAUGUCACCACUUCUAACAAUGUCAGAGUUAAUUUGCACUUUCAAACAAGGGCUUUAGUUGAAAAAUGUACACACGGUCUCUUCUGAAGCCUUUUCAUACCUUCAUAGGAAUGGGAGUGAAGGUCAUUUAAAGGGGACAUAUUAUUCAAAAAUUACUUUUUCAGGCAUUUCUAACAAAAAUAUGUGCCACUGACCUUUCCACAAUUCCCUCCAGUACUAGACAAAAUACCACCCCACCCCCCACCCCCUUUCUCAACUUUUCAGAAAAUGUGUGCUGAAACAAGCCAUUCUCAGAUUUUCCUCUCAUGAUGUCAUGUGGGGAGUUAGCCCCUCC